CGGGGCCUCCCCGAUCUCCCCUCCGCUGGGGCUGGCUUCCCACCAGGAAGGGAAAAUGGACUCGGUGUUAGAACACCGCCCCUCCCACGGGUGGGGAGACGGAGAUCCGCCCGAGUGUACCUGUUCCUACUAGAGAGGGCCUCACUCAGAGGGCCUCUUCUCGCUAAGGGGCAGUGGGGGAACCCAGUCUCUCCCAGGGGCAGGUGGAGAGCGUCCCUGAAAUAACCCAUCAGUGGUUCCCUUUAACCCUGGCAGCCACCUUGGGAACCAUGACUUUCCCUCCCAAGGCCUUGUUCUCCAAUGACAACAUCGCUGGAGUUCUGACUCCGGGUUUUCUGACUCAUUCACCCUUCGCCACAGUCAGGACCAUUAGUGUGUUCUCUCACUUAGAUCUGCAGCCUCCUUUCCUUGACUGUCUUCCUGAAUCUAGAACUUUCCAGGGUUAGGAGAUCCCAAAGGCUAGUUUGUUAACUGGGCUUUGUGGUUCUUCCAUCCAAACCAAUGGCUGGGUCCACCUCAGGAUGCUCACAUGAAUGCCGUUUCAGUGGCCCAUAAAGGUCCCAAGUGUGGAUUUUCUGAUUCUUCUUCAGAACCCCCCAACGCACACGUGACGCACCACCCCAUCUCUGACCAAAGGGUCACCCUGAGGUGCUGGGCCCUGGGCUUCUACCCUGCGGAGAUCACCCUGACCUGGCACCACAAUGGGGAGGACCUGACCCAGGACACAGAGCUUGUGGAGAGCAGGCCUGCAGGGGAUGGGACCUUCCAGAAGUGGGCGGCUGUGGUGGUGCCUUCUGGACAGGAGCAGAGAUACACGUGCCAUGUGCAGCAUGAGGGGCUGCCCGAGCCCCUCACCUUGAGAUGGCAGCCGCCUCAGCCCACCAUCCCCAUCAUCUGGAUCAUUGCUGGUGUGGUUCUCCUUGCGGUCACUGUGGCCAUGACUGGAGCUGUGAUCUGGAGAAAGAAGCGCUCAGGAGGAAAAGGACCAGGCUACUCUCACGCUGCACGUGAUGACAGCGCCCAGGGCUCUGAUGUGUCUCUCACGGUUCCUCAAGGUGAGACCCUAGAGACCCCGAGUGGGGAAGGGUUAGGGCACUAGGGACAGUGUGUCCGC